GCGCCGCAGUCCUGGAGGGCCCGGAGCGCGGGAGUCGCGCGCGACGGGAUAGCUUUGUGGAACCUUGGGAUGUGAGGAAGAGGGCGACGGCUGCAGCAGCAGUAGUGACCCAGGUACCGUUUUGGACGCUCCUGAGAGAGGCGGGUCGCCUGGCCCACUUCUGGCAACCCCCAUCGCAUCUGCGCUUCCUGAGUCCGUCGAAGGCAGAAGAUGGCUAAGGAAAGGUGCCAGAAAAAAUCCUUUCAAGAUAGUCUUGAAGACAUAAAGAAACGAAUGAAAGAGAAAAGGAAUAAAAAUUUGACAGAACUUGGCAAACGCAAAUCCUUCAUAACUGCACCGUGCCAAGUAAUCAACACCACUUCUACAUUGCUGAAAAAUUACCAACAAAACAACAAAAUGUUAGUUUUAGCUUUGGAAAAUGAAAAAUCCAAAGUGAGAGAAGCCCAAGAUAUCAUCCUACAACUGAGAAGAGAGUGUUACUACCUUGCAUGUCAGUUAUAUGCACUGAAAGAAAAACUUGCUUCCCAGCAAACAGAAGCUGCUCAGAACCAGGAAAUACAUCCCUCUGGAAUGGACUCCAAUAGAGACGACAACACCAGUGAUUUAUUUAUGAAGUGUUUACCGCAACUACCUCUUGAAGAAACUGACCUUCCAGGACAUGGAGAAUCAUUACAAAUAGAAGAGCAGACAUCUACUAUUCCUCAAGAAACACUGAGAUGUGAUUUUGAUUCAGAUGAAGCCAAAUCUACUGAUGAUGUGUUACCUAGAACCGUGUCUCUCCGUCGCCAUUUAAAGAAAGAUUUUAAUGAUCUAAGUCAGUUCAGUACUUUGAAUGACUUUGAAACCAGUCAUUUGGCAGGGCAGUCUUCUGAAUUGGAAAGAAUCAGAUAUGUAGACCCAGGAAUAAACAUGCACAUACCUGAAAAUAUAGAACAAAAUGUUUGUCAUUGGAACAAGGACCAAAUUAAUUUAUCACCAAAGCUUAUUCACCCAGGAAAGUUUACUAAAACAAAAGAAGUUCCUUUGGAAUCUAAAUCUGAACAAACUAAAAGUAAGUGUAAAUAUGCAAAAGGAAGAAAAAGAGAAGAGAAAAGCAAAGCUAACAGGAGAAAAUCAAAAUCUACAUCAAAGCAUAAAGGGAACAAAAAUGAAACUAAAACACAUAUUUCCAAGAGUAAAUUGGAUGGACCUGUCAGUUCCAGUGAUGCUUACAAUUUUAAUUUGGAAGAGGGUGUUCAUCUCACUCCUUUCCGACAGAAAAUAAGUGCUGAUUCUAAUAGAGAAGAAAACAACCAUAAGUCUGAAGAGAGCAUCUGUGAAUCAAGUGGUUCUGGAGAUGAUUCUGAUGACCUCUAUCUGCCCCCUGGCAAGCACACUCAAAAUCUUGCCACCACAUCAGAUGGGAGACCAGUCACCAGGCCUCGAUCUAAAAGAACACUGCAGCAUACAGAUGAAAAAGAGAGAGAGGAUUCUAAGCCAACACAAACUCCUCCAAUUGUUCUUAUAGGUGUGCCACCUGAGACUUACCUGUCACCUCGCUCUGGCCUGAAGGAUAUCACCAGUGCCCCCUUGUCUCCUGUAGUGAAAAUGAGGAAACUUUCCCUUUCUCCAAAAAAGAACACAGAAAGUACAGCAGUGUCUCUGUCACCUCGCUGUAGCCUGAAGGAUAUCACCAAUGCCCCCUUGACUCCUGUAGUGAAAAUGAGGAAACUUUCUCUUUCUCCAAAAAAGAACACAGAAAGUACAGCAGUGUCUCUGCCCAAGCGUAGGUGCACAACCAGCAUUAACUAUAAGGAGCCAACACUUGCUUCGAAACUAAGAAGAGGGGACCCUUUUACAGAUUUGUAUUUUUUGAAUUCUCCUAUUUUCAAGAAGAAGAAGGACGUGAGACGUUCUAAAAAAAGUAUAAAGCAAAUGCAGUAAAUCUCACACUUUUCUAUUGUUCCAGUAGAGAAUCUGUUAAUGCUGUACACAAAUGUAUGCAAUUAUUCCCAUAGAAUAUUCUCUUCAUAGGACUCUAGAUUAUGAUGAUUUCAAAACUGCACUUCAGAAUUGUUUAGAUUUCUUAAGUUACUUAAACCCUUUAAUUUUAUUCAAAAUGAAUCUUAUACCAACAUUUUGAAAUUAAUGAUUAUUCAAAUUAUUUUUAAUACUUUGGCAUCUUUAUUCUUCCCAUAAGUGGGGAAUUCUAAACAUUUUAAGGCAAGCAAGACCUUUUGAAAAUCCUUAUAAAAUUUUGGAGUUAAAUAAAUCCUUGACAUUCACAGUAAAAUAAACCCCAGGUUGUUCAUGGGUCACUUAUAACAGAGUUGUAUUUAGUUCUUCACAUAAAAUGCAUAUGGGUCAUGAUUAGAGAAUGUGGUUUUCAGUCUCAGGGAUUAGGUGUCUGGUUGGGAACCCUAAGUGUGUGCUAUUCAGAGUGAUGCCUCAGGAAACUCAAAUUAUGUCACAGACUUUCAGGAGUGCCACCCCCCUCCUUGUGAUUUAAUCAAGAAUUUCAAAUGUGUGGAUUCCAAAGGCUUUUUCUCUACUUUAGAUCAACCAGUGAGAGUUCAGAAAAUUUGACAUCUACACUUGUGUAUAAACUUUGAAAUCAUUGAAAGUAGUCCAUUUUUAAAGAACAAUAAAAUUUGCAUAAGGUAGCACAUGUGUUUUCCUUCUGUUUUUUAAAUAUCAGAUAGAUUAGCCAUCUGGUUGUCUUCUUUCUAGCCUUCACUAUUCUUAUUCUUGGACAUUUCCUCUUCUCUCCCACUCAGUAUUCUCUACAGUCAAACGUGACAUUCUCUCCUCCACAUUUUUAUUGUGCUCAAAAUUCUAUUUGAGCUGGGGAUGUAGCUCAGCGGUAGAGCACUUGCCUAGCAUGUGUGAGGUCCUGGGUUCAAUCCCAAACACCAAAAAAAAAAUUAAUUUUACUAGAUGACUCAAUCUUCAUCUCAAAUUAUUUUCUUGACUACAUCUUCUUAUCUUUGUGUAUACCAUAUCAGUCACACUCAAAAUACUUUUCACCACCCACAGUAUUUCUUUCCAUAAAGUCACUGAUUCAUACAUCCCAUUGACCCAUCAGUCUUAUUUUUCCAGUUUUGUCAACCACUCCUUUUGUAUCUAUUUAAAUUCAUGGAAACACUCUAGAGUUGUUAAUUAAGAAUAAAUGUAAUUCAAAUUCAGUUUCUCAGGCUGGAGAUGUAUCUCAGUGGUAAGAGUGGUCAAGUGUUCAUGGGUGAGAUCCUGGGUUUAGUCCCCAACGUGAUGGAAAACAAAAAGUGCUAAAAAUUCAGUUUCUCAGUCUCAGUUGCCACAUGUAGUAAUAGUUACAGUACCAUAGAUUAUGCAGAUACAGAACUCCAUCACCACAGCAAGUUUAAUCAGACAGUGUUCUUCCAGGCCAACAAUAGCUUAACUAUGGUCUAUGGGCCAAAUCCAGCAUACUGCCUGCUUUUGGAUAGUCUGCAAGCUAAGAAUAGUUUUAAUGCUUUAAAAUAGCUGAAAAACUCACAUAUUUGGAACCAAUUUCAGUGACAAGAUACAUUAACUUAAAAACCCAAUAAAUUAUCCACAUAAUCUCAAAUUUUGCCUUUUGUCCUGCAGAGCCUAAAAUUUACCUUAGUGACACUGAUCAAGAGUUUGCCAAUUCCUGCUAUGGACUCUAGAUGAUCAACUGUCUUUAAUUUUACUUCACACAUCAUUCUCUUCUGACACUUUGUAAUUCUGAUCCUUAUCACACCCUCCCUUCAUACCCAAAAUCAGUGUUUAUCCCAAAAUGGUGUCAUAGUUUUGUAUUUUUUAAUGUUUCUGUAUUCUUUUUUGGCUGUUAGCAUUUAUCCAUUGACUGUUUUGUUUUGUAUUUUAACAUUUUACAUGAACCAUGUUGUACAUAUUGUACAUAUCCUUUUACAACUAGCUGUUAACACUAUUCUUGAGACUUAUCCAUGGUGGUAGAUGUAAUUUUCAUCACUGUACAGAAUUAUAUAAAUCAGACUUUU